UGCUAGUCGACGUGAUGACGUAUUAGGUGCGAAAUCCGGUGGAACUCGGAAGAGAAGCGGCUGAGAAUUAUCAAGAAAUUUGACAAAAAUGGUGAAAACGAACCUCUGAAUCCUGGUAGAUCAUGGAGAACGAAGCAAACUCUUUCCAUGUUGAGUUCCCAGAUUUUUCAUGCUCCCUACUUAAGAAGCUGAACCAGCAGCGUCAGAGGGGGCAGCUGUGUGAUCUCAUUGUAUCCCUAGGUGGACACCAGUUCCGAGCCCACCGUGCUGUACUUGCAGCCAGUUCCCCCUAUUUCUGUGACCAGGUCCUGCUGAAGAACAGUGCCCGUGUAGUCCUGCCUGAUGUCAUGCACCCCUGUGUGUUUGAGAGGCUCCUCCUGUCCUGCUACACAGGAGCUCUCUCUGUGCCGUCUGGGGAGGUGGUGGCUUUCCUGACUGCUGCUAGUUUUCUGCAAAUGUGGCAUGUGGUGGACAAGUGCACUGAACUGUUGGAAGUCGGGAAUAAGGCAAGUAGUGGAAAUUUUGAACAGGGGUCGUCCCCUACAGAAGAUGGUUAUGAUAUAGAUAAUGAAGAUGACGGAGGAUUUGAGGGAGCCAGCCAGACAGGUGGUCACAAGGAGGACCUGGGGGUAGAGGAGCUGCUGGAGGAUGGGGUUUCCUUCCCUUCAGUGGGACCAGGAACUUCACAGAGUGCAAGUUGUUCUCCCCACGAAAGGUCGAGCAGUGAAAGUGGGGACCCAGACUCCGCUGAGAAUCAGCGGUCCAGAUCUACUUAUGUUCCACCCAGCAUUAUGGGUCAUAGAAAAAGGGUGCACGUAAAAUCCGAGAGGCAGAGUCGUGAAGAUUGUGGUGGCCUUUUUGGAGGCGACUCUCAUCCUGUGUCUGAUUCAGAUCAGGCCAGUCAUACAGCAGAAGUCAUGGAGGACUGUUUGGAGGAGAAGCUGGCAACACGCUUUGAUGAGAACUUGGAUGGAGACUGCUCCUAUGAAGACCCCCUGGACUUCUAUGGGACCUCCAUCGCAGGUUUCUCCCAGGAUGGUGAUGAAGGCUCUCCUGCAGUAUCUAAGGAUGAUGUGCAGCCAGAUGGAAGUGCAGGUGUAGUUAAGGGGGAGGAAGACAGCUCCCAGGGAGGUGGGGACACAAAAGAGCAAACCACCCACUCAGGGUUCGCAUCUGUAGUUUACAAGCUCUACCCAUGUCAGUGUGGCAAAAGCUUCACCCACAAGAGUCAGAGAGAUCGCCACAUGAGCAUGCACUUAGGCUUGCGACCAUUCGGCUGUGCUGUUUGUGGCAAGAGCUUCAAGAUGAAGCACCAUCUGGUCGGGCACAUGAAGAUCCACACAGGGAUCAAGCCCUACGAGUGCAACCUCUGUUCAAAACGCUUCAUGUGGAGAGACAGCUUCAACCGCCACACCUCCACCUGUGCCAAGGCCCACCAGGCCCGUCGGACCAGAGCAGAACAUUCCUCUUAGAUCUGCUGCCCCAAGCACACUGACUGAUUCGGAAUGCUUUGGGAAGCUGCUUAAGCAGCUUGGAGUUACCAGGAAAGCGCGGUACUCCAUUGUGCCAUGAAGGUUUUAGAAGAGGACGAAAGCUUCCCAGGUUUUCAUUCACUGCUGGAAUAUGCUGAAGCUGAAGGGAUCUAUAGCACUUACAGGUGUUCAGGUGUACCCAAGACCAUGCAUUCUCUCGAAUGAAACGGUAUCAUAGCAACCAUGUCUAUAUUUUAAAACGGUUUAAAAAGUCUAUUUUCAACCACAGCCUACAAAGCAUCUUAAAGAACCUCAAAUACAGUUGCACAAGUUUGAAUCAGCGAUGUUUUGAUGGCUUUUGUGGCUAGAACUGCUCUUUCACUGGUAUAGGGGCCCUUACAGCUCUCUGUGGCGUCACAAUGUGCUUUAUAGAGCACAGUGAUGGGGAAGAAAAGGUGUUUGAGUCAUUUUAUACACUGAAGUCUGUAUGAUUAUCAGGGUCAUUUGGCAAUUGUAUCUAAAAAUGUAAAUCCUACCUGAUUAUUCUCACCAGUGUUUAUUUUUUUCAAAACCAGAGUCUAAUCUGUUUGAGGCGGUUAGCUUCUGUUAGGAAUUUCCUUUGUAAAUGGUGCCAUUAUAAUUCUGUAAAAUAUUGUAGGAAAUAUUUAUGGCUGUACAAAGCCAUCAAAACAUGCACAGGUGUAAAUAUCAGAAAUAGUUUAUACAUCCUCACUGUUACGGCAAAAUGCAAACCUCAGAAUAUGUGUUAGUUAAGAAUUAACACCAAAACAGGGAAAUGAAUAUAGAGACCUUUGUAAAGGGCUGUAAUGUAAUAGAAUAGGAGUUGAAUAUUUGCAUGUAUUGUUAUUUAACGGACCUGUUGUAACGUGAGCUUCAGCAUCAUUGAGUUUAUGGCUUUAGUAAGUCUAGUUGUGUGUUCGUAAGAAGCACAGAUGCUUGUGAUACAAAUACAAAUGAUCGCAACAAAGUUUUUUAUUUUUUUUUUGGAACCUGGUGACAUUGAAAAGUUGCAGAUGCUACUGGUCUUGACUGACACACUUAAAAUGUGUGCAAAAAAUGGUCUCUGAAAAUUGUAUAUUAUUAUAGAAGUACUAAUAGCACACAGAAAAAAAAAAACUGUCCCACUUCAUGUUUUAACUCUGUUCCUGGAGUGCUAUGUACUAGGCAAAAGAACUAAUGGGUAACCUUAAUCCCGUAUUACUCCAGGGAUGCUGUUACUUCAACUGCCAAAUGUUAGAAGCUCUGAGCAAAAACACAUUUUAAGAGUAGUUAAUAACUAACAUGAAACCUCAAUUACAACAGAACCUCAGCUUUUGUGAUAUUUGAAAGCAUGAACUGUAUAUUGGUAGUUAUUUCAGUCUUAGUUAGAAUUACAGUAACUGUAGGCUGACGUAGUAUGAAAUAUGGACUAUCUGUUGCCACAAAAUACUGAAUAUGUUCACCUCAUCACACAUUGCUUGAAUUUGAAACAAUUACUGUCCCUUUAUUUAGAUUUAUGUAAAUAAUAUUCUAAUGGAAACUUCAUGAACGUGUGCUCAUGUGAUUCUACAUGCCUCAAAGAAAACGAGCAUAAGACAAUCAUGUAGGGAUUUGUAGAGUCUGCCAACACCAUUGCUAUGUGUUAAAGACCAUUUCACCAAAUUGAGACUUGACUAUUUUGAAAUUAGUGUUUAAAUGAUUGUAGUAUUGGUACAAAAAAGGUCCUCAGCAUCUUUCCAAAACAUGGAUGUACCCUCUCUUGAGUUGUAAAAAAUAGAACUGAACAUGUGUUAAACUAUGUAUUGUGAAAUGUCUUUCAUUCAAAACAGAGUAUUAUGUUUUUAAAUUCUAGACAUUAAACUAAUUAAUUCAGUAAAUCAUUUACAGUCAGUGGGGCACAAAAUGUAGUAUCAGAAUCAGGGGAACAACUGAUGAAUGAAGUAUAGAACAAAUUCAAUGUGACGUUUGAGUACAGGGCUGGUUUCUGGGACAGAUGUUAAGGCUGUUCCUGGAUGAACAGUAAAUUAGGUAGACCUUGAUGUAAUCUGGGCUCAGGAAACCAGCAGAAUCUUUGCUGUCCACUUAUUUACCAGUUUGUCUUAAAGACAGUUUGGGAAGCCUUUUAUUUUGCUGUCUCCCAAUUGAUUACUACCUCAAGAGCAUUAUCAUGUGGUAGACCUGUUGAUCAGAACAGUUGCUCAGAGAUUUUCUUUCAGGAGUAUCCCUUGCCUUUUUUACAUUGUUGUGUUGUUUUCUUCUUAUAGAAGAUCUUUGUGAGAGGUUUGUACAAAGAUGUGUUGAGCAAUAAACGUUUUAUUACUACUGACCAUU